AUGACGGUGGCCGAAUACGAGAGUAAGUUCACACAACUCGUUCGGUUUGUGACAUAUGUCAUCCCCACCGAAACUCAAAAAGUAAGAAAAUUCGAAGCAGGAUUGGAUGUUGAAAUUAAAGAUAGGCUCGAGGUCUUGAAACUGCCAACCUAUACAGAAGUGGUAGACCGGGCGUACAUUACAGAAAAGGGGAUUAAAGCCUCGCAUUCCGGGGAACCAAACCACAAGAAGAGAUUCUGGGAAAGAGACAACAGAAGACCCAAUGUUGCACCUCCCAAAAAGGUGAAUACGGGCACAACCAGUUUAGGCCAUCAAGGUCCUACCAACUCCCGAGGUGACACUCUUCCAAUUUGUCGUACUUGUGGAAAGGCUCAUUGGGGACAAUGCCAUCGAGACAUAGAGGCAUGCUUUAAAUGUGAUCAAGUUGGCCACCUGCUGAGGGAUUGUCCAAAAAUGACCGAUUCUACAGCCAGCCCCUCUGGCCCGAUCAGAAAACCUGCAGGACCUGGAGGAGAGAGAAAGGACCAAAAACGCCAAGGACGGGCUUUUGCCUUGGUACCUGGAAAGUCAGAAGUUAUCGAAAACGUUGUGUUAGGUACACUUUCUGUCUGUGGUCAUCUAGUUCAUGUCCUCAUUGACUCUGGGUCAACUCAUUUUUUUGUUACGCCAUACUUUGCUGCCAAGUUGGCAUCAACACCCAAACCAUUAGGACAUAUAUUAUCUAUGUCUUUUCCUUCUAAUAAGACUGCCUGUAGUACUGAUGUGUACAGAUCUUGUGCUAUAUUCUUAAAGGCAAAACCUUAUAUGUAG